AUGUCUCCGUCUGAAGCUGCAACCUCAGGUCAAGACUACGGGCCAGACGAUGACCAGCCGCUUGACCCCUCUCAACCAGGCGCGCUCACGCCCACAGAGCUCUUCUGGAGGCGUCACCAACAGUGGCUUGAAGGAGCCGGAUACAUGCUCAGAGAGCGUUACCGCGAUUCUUGGCGUCCAUCUUGGAUUGGGACAGGCAAGCCUUACUUUCGAUGUACCGAUGGGAUAGGUGCACAGCGCGGUGGUGUCAUCGACGCGACGCGUAUAUCGGACGGCGCGCUGGUCACGUUGAAGCGAGUGAGAAAGUCGCGCCAUCCUCAUGAGGUUGAGAUUGGACUGUUCUUCAUGUCUGAACCUCUUGUCUCCGAUCCCAAGAAUCAUUGCGUUCCAAUACUCCAGGUCCUCCAGGUACCUGAGGAUGAUGACCUGUCUCUAAUAGUUAUGCCGUAUCUGCGCGUCUACUACUCUCCUCGCUUCGAGACUUAUGGCGAAGUGGUCGCCUUUUUCAAGCAAGUAUUUGAGGGGCUGCAAUUUAUGCACGCACAUCGCAUAGCUCAUCGCGACUGCGAUGGGCGGAAUAUUAUGAUGGACGGCGUGUCCCUAUACCCCGAAGGCUUUCAUCCGAUACGAUCUAACAUGAAACCGGACUUGAGUGGCUUCGCUCCGCAUUAUACCAGGACGCAGCGGCCUACCAGGUAUUAUCUGAUUGACUUUGGUAUAUCACGGCGGUACAAUCCGGAAGACGGUCCCCCUUUGGAGCCCCCAAUCCUAGGCGGUGACAAGAGCGUACCAGAAUUUCAAACAUCCGACGAACCGAGGGAUCCAUUUCCUACUGACGUAUAUUAUAUGGGGAACAUGAUCAGAGAGGACUUCAUCAAGACCAAAUACGGCUUUGAGUUUAUGGAGAAGCUCGUCGCCGAUAUGGUUCAAGACGACCCCACAAAACGGCCGACUAUGGACGAAGUGGUCACUCGCUUUGAAUCAAUCCGCAAAUCACUCAGUAGCUGGAAGCUCCGGUCUCGCAUUCCCGAACGAGACGAAUUAGCCAUAAUUGAGGCAUAUCGCGCAGUAGUCCACUGGAAGCGUCGCGUCUGGUAUGUCCUGCGGCGCAUCCCCGCUGUGCCUCUCCCCUGUUGAGCCUCGGAUUAUUUUAUGGGUGGAUGGUGGAUUUUCGACUGUCUCUACGAGGUCUAAUCUGUGCUCUGACUUUGCUUUCUACUUGCUAUCUACUCGCUAUUGAUUCC